AUGACUGCAUUCCCUCCCCUUCCACCCUCUCCCUUCAGUGGAAAGUGCUCCACCGACGUGCUCUACUGGCCAGAAACGGCCUGUCCGUUGCCACCCGGUUCGCCUGCCCGCGGCGAGGCUGCCGUCUACCUGUCUGCUGGUAGUGCUAACAGCAGCAGCAGCAUCUCUCUGAUUACCUUUGGCGACUCUAACGCCACAGAGCGGUGGCCAGUGCAACACAUCAACUUCCCCGGCGUUGACUCUGCUGGCCGCUCACGCACCUUCAACUACACAGUCACCGUCAGUCCGCGCUUUGAGGAUGAACCGCAGUUUGUGCAACCGCGGCCUCCCUCCUCAGUCGCCACCGCCGCCGCCGCUCCUAGUUCCCACAAAAGGUCAUCACUCGUUCAGGCCCCCGUGCCUGCUACUAACUCGCCCAAGACGCCCACUGUCCAAGGCAAGGGCGGCAGCCAGCCAAGAGCCUACCGUCUUCUCAUCCAGACUCCGGCUUCCCUGCACAACCUCCUUCCAGUUCCAGUGAUAUUUGAAACCGCUGUGAGUGUGCUGACUGUUUUGUUGCUUCGAAUGUAUUCAGAAGAAAAGGUGGCGAGCGAACGUUACUUUCGAUAACUUCUCGUCAGGCCAGUACAGUUAUAUGGGACGGGGUACAGUGAGUGAAAAAUCGAUAAAAGUUAGUUUCCUAAAAUACAGGCUAGGUAAGAGCGGAAGGGUGCAGAAAGUAGUAUGUGGUUAGUCAACCUUUGACCACGGUGGGCGCGGAGACUGAACGAGUUUCUUUUGGGCGCAUAGGGUCGGUUAUCGUAACCUUAUGGCGGCCGCUUCUGCUGUCGCUAACAGGCGCUGGCCCAGUAGCUUAGGGUAGCUCGAGGGGACCUUGUAAAUCACACGACAUGCUUCAGUGGGGUCCACACGAUGCCCUGAGUCCACUGCAUGGGCAAUGAUGGCGUUGUCUAUUCUCCUAGUUCCACCUUUUGCCAGCCAUGCGGUAAGGUACUCUCGGAUUCUUUUGGAAAGGCGCCGACUCGUACGACCUGCUCCACAGGAGCAAGUGAAUUAGUAGAUGCACAUUGAGGCGGUCUGAGGUGGCAGCCUAUUCUUGUCUUCUCCGCGUAAUAUUUGCAACCGCUGUGAGUGUGCUGACUGUUUUUGUUGCUUCGAAUAUACGCUGCUACCUCCUCGAUCGCGGCUGUUACGUCACAGAGCCCCACGCAAAAGGCUGGGAUCUGCGGAUUAAGCACCACCGGUUCUUAUGGUCAUUUUCGAAUACUCUAAGCGCUUAUAAAUCCCCCCGCAUUUUUACAAACAUUUCUCACACAAUUAUACCGCUUACCCCAUUAUAUUCACUUAGAUAUUCGGUAAAACUUAUUGAAAUUAUGUAUGUAAACGCAUUCUGUAAAAUCAGCUGGACAGACAAACUGAGGAACCAUGUACUAGAAAUAGAAAGGCACAUUGUCUGCAGGAAUAUAAGAGACAGCGUAAAAUCCGCAAUAUUUAUCUAUAUGUUCAGUAAAUAUUCCCAUGUUACAAUUGCAAAGUCAAUUUGGCAAACACGUGUUUUCGGCACCUCUUUAUCUGGCCAAAACGGUUACAUAGAAGUUUAAAUUAUGCGAAGUUACAGGGCUUAUAAGUGAUCCAGUGGCUAUUAACACGGCUAGCCAAUCCAGUGCUAUGCUAUCAGAAGACUCUGACACAGGCGCUCUGUCUUCCGUGGCCAACGCCGACCCCAACGUCGCCCCAACCUCCUGAUGCCCGUGGGGUGUGCACAACGUACCCGACGUACAAGCAUUACUCACAGCCUAUGUCCCCCUCUCCCUCGCCCCCUUGACCCAGUGACCACGACAAGCCGACCACGCCAUAGCACGCCCCGUCAUGCAAGUAUCGUGGGAACGAUGGGUGUUAAUAGUCUCCGAAUCACUUAUAAACCCUGUAACUUUGCAUAAUUUAAACUUCUAUGUAACCGUUUUGGCCUGAUGAAGAGUUACCGAAAACGCGUGUUUGCCAAAUUGACUUAUCUAUGUGCGCUUGUUGUAAACAAGAUGAACACGCGAUCUCUGUUUGUAUAUAAAAUUCGCGAUUGAUUGAAGCCGCGAAAUUCGGAGCGCGAGGUAGCGAGGGAUCACUGCAGUUUGUUAUAGUUUGGACAAUAAGUCGUGACUUUGAAAGCCCUAAUCUGCACGUGGCGCGGUUACGAAACUGGUGCAUGUACGACGGUUAAAUAUCCCUAUAUGCGUGCUACUAACAUAGUUUCAGUAGCCCCAUUUGCACGAUUACUAACAAAUGGGAAGACCCGGCACUCAGGACCUCGAACGAAGAAAGUAUGCGUGGCAAUGGUGGACAUUUGGCAUGGGGGAGGAAUUUUGGCGAACGACAACUGACUGUACCAGGAACCCUUUACGGACUCGCUAUUUCCAUAUUGUUUCAUAAAAUUAUUACCGAUCGGCCGCUCACGUUCGUCAAUCCGGAAUCGCUGCGCUGAGGUCGACGUUGACGUCCUCAAGGGACUACGGUUGAAAAAUAUCGAAUACGGAUAAUGGGGCUGGCCUACAGUACGGCAGGUUAAGAACUAUUACAGCACCGGAUCAUCGAUAAUUACUCUAUAUACUCUUAUAUCGAGCUGCUUUCCACCUAUGACGCACCGCGUUCGCAGUGUUCGACGAUGCGACCUCGUCGUAGGCUAGACACGCACCCCACUAGCAUGCCUCGGCACACUCGCAUCCACUCGAUCUUAGCUCGGAGUCCAGCUCGCUAUCGAUGACAAACACAUCAGGAGUUACCGCUUCAGUCUCUACUGGUUUCUGGCGGUAGAACAUCAUCAUCGUCUGUUAAUCUUCUCUCAUUGUCUCCAACGAUGGACUUCUUCGAGGACCCUAGACCCCACCCAAAUGUCUUGACCUGUCCGGAUAUCGACUUUUUUUUCCUUCUUUUCAGUUCAUCUCCACAUCUGAGUAACUCCUUUGUCGAGUUCAACUACCGGUUGCUGGUCUUAGUAUCCGCAAGCCUGUGAAAAAGCUGAUUUAGUCUCUGCCCUCAACCAUGUCUUUUGGUAGAGCCUUAAAAACCACCUGCACCAUGGCCUUAGAGCCUAAAGAGGAUUAUGUAACCCUGCGACCUCAUUAGACGAACAGACGUUGGACCCAAGGCGGUAUUAUACGGAUUUUUUGCCGGCGUUGGGCUGCGACUGUACGCUACGCCAGCCGCUGCUUCCACUAUUUCAGUUCGCUGUACUCGGACGAGCAUUGACUCGUGAGAGAGAGCGAGGGAGUGAGAGGGGGAGAGGAGGGAUUUAGGCCCAUCAAGUCGAGAUCCAAAACUGAGUUCCGAAUUGUAGAUAGCGAAACUCGCCUUGGAACCACCACGACCCACUGACAGUCGGAAUUUGGAAGGUCAAAAUCAAGGCCGCGAUACUUCCUUAUUGUUUUUUUGUAGGAGAACCCUUCUUUGUGAGCCCCGAGGCCUAAUGAUAAGUUCGAUUCGCAUGAAUGUAGGUAUAGAACUUGUUUGGCACACGUAGGACAAGUACUUUAUGCCAGGCAAGUCCCCCCCAUCCACUCUUAUCAGCAAUGCCUUUGACUUUGUCUUGCCACUGGUAUCGCUUUGGGUUAUCACUGCGCUAUUGGGACCGUGCUGGUCCUCGUUGCUUGUGACGCACUAACUGUCGGCAGCAUCGUUUUAGCCUUAGUAGUAGACGGUGAAUGCACGCCUUAUAUACUACUCUUAUUCAAAUACUACCUCUCUCAUUUUUUCUCAGGGUAUUGAGAACGAAGUCCAGCCUGGCCACCACGCAGUUUUGUGCUCGGUACAGUCUACUGGCUUCUCUUU